AUGCCGGAGCCCGGGAAGAAGCCAGCAAGGCUGGGCCUGGCCUUGCCUUUUGGGAAAGCCCCUGCCAUCUCUGGGCCUCAGUUUCUCCAUCUGAACGAGGAGGAGAUGGACCUAGGCUCCUCAGAGGGGCUGAAGGGGCGGGACCCAGGCACCAGAUGUGUGCAGCUGUGCCAGGUGACCCUGCAGCCUCGGUCUGGCUCCUCAGUCUCAGCCUUCAGCAAGAAGCCACGGUCAGUGGAGGUGGCUGUGGGAAGUUCUGCCGUGUUCGAGGCCGAGACAGAGAAGGCAGGGUUGAAGGUGCGCUGGCAGCGGGGAGGCAGUGACAUCAGCGCCAGCGACAAGUACAGCCUGGCCGCCGAGGGCACGAGGCACACCCUAUCAGUGCAGGACGUGGGCCUUGCCGACCAGGGGUCUUAUGCGGUCAUCGCCGGCUCCUCCAAGGUCAAGUUUGACCUCAAGGUCAUGGAGGCAGAGAAGGCAGAGCCUGUACCAGCCCCUGCCGAGGCCCCUGGAGCCCCUGGAGGAGCCCUGGCCCCGGCUGCUGAGCUGGAAGGAAGCUCUCCAAGUCCCGAAGGGUCAAGCUCAGCCGUCCCCGACAGCCCUGCCCCUGGAUGCCCUGGCGCCCCUGAGGACCCCAUUGGCCUCUUUGUGAUGCGGCCCCAGGAUGGUGAGGUGACCGUGGGCGGCAGCAUCACCUUCUCGGCCCGCGUGGCCGGGGCCAGCCUCCUGAAACCGCCCAUGGUCAAGUGGUUCAAGGGCAAGUGGGUGGACCUGAGCAGCAAGGUGGGCCAGCACCUGCAGCUGCACGACAGCUACGACCGAGCCAGCAAGGUCUACCUGUUUGAGCUGCACAUCACCGACGCGCAGCCUUCCUCCGCCGGCGGUUACCGCUGUGAGGUGGCCACCAGGGACAAGUUUGACAGCUGCAACUUCAACCUCACCGUCCAUGAGGCCAUCGGCCCGGCGGAUCUGGACCUCCGAUCAGCUUUCCGCCGCACGAGCACAGCCGGAGGUAGUCGGUGGACCAGUGACGGCCAUGACGACGCCGGGACUCUGGACUUUAGUUCACUGCUCAAGAAGAGCAGCAGUUUCCGGACCCCGCGGGACGUCAAGCUGGAGGCACCGGCCGAGGAGGACGUGUGGGAGAUCCUGCGGCAGGCGACCCCGGCCGAGUACGAGCGCAUCGCCUUCCAGUACGGCGUCACCGACCUGCGCGGCAUGCUCAAGAGGCUCAAGGGCAUCAGGCGUGACGAGAAGAAGAGCACAGCCUUUCAGAAGAAGCUGGAGCCAGCCUACCAGGUGAGCAAGGGCCACAAGAUCCGGCUGACUGUGGAGCUGACGGACCCUGAUGCGGAUGUCAAGUGGCUCAAGAAUGGACAGGAGAUCCAGAUGAGUGGCAGCAAGUACAUCUUCGAGUCUGUGGGCAACAAGCGCACGCUGACCAUCAGCCAGUGCUCCCUGGCAGAUGACGCAGCCUACCAGUGUGUGGUGGGCGGUGAGAAGUGCAGCACCGAGCUCUUCGUCAAAGAGCCCCCCGUGCUGAUCACACGUGUCCUGGAGGACCAGCUGGUGAUGGUGGGGCAGCGGGUGGAGUUUGAGUGUGAGGUGUCAGAGGAGGGGGCCCAGGUUAAAUGGCUGAAGGACGGAGUGGAGCUGACCCGGGAGGAGACCUUCAAGUACCGGUUCAAGAAGGACGGACGGAAACACCAUCUGAUCAUCAACGAGGCGACGCUUGAGGAUGCCGGCCACUAUGCACUGCGCACCAGUGGGGGCCAGGCGCUGGCCGAGCUCAUCGUGCAGGAGAAAAAGCUAGAGGUGUACCAGAGCAUCGCGGACCUGACGGUGGGCGCCAAGGACCAGGCCGUGUUCAAGUGCGAGGUGUCGGACGAGAACGUGCGGGGUGUGUGGCUGAAGAACGGGAAGGUGCUGGUGCCCGACAGCCGCAUAAAGGUGUCCCACAUCGGGCGAGUCCACAAACUGACCAUCGACGACGUCACGCCUGAGGACGAGGCGGACUACAGCUUUGUGCCCGAGGGCUUUGCCUGCAACCUGUCGGCCAAGCUCCACUUCAUGGAGGUCAAGAUUGACUUCGUGCCCAGGCAGGAACCUCCCAAGAUCCACCUGGACUGCCCUGGUCGCAAGCCGGACACCAUCGUGGUUGUGGCCGGAAACAAGCUCCGCCUGGACGUCCCCAUCUCCGGGGACCCCGCCCCCACCGUGAUCUGGCAGAAGACCCUCACUCAGGGGAAUAAGGUUACAGCGGGACCAGCCUCUGAUGCCCCAGGGGACACAAGUGCCAGUGAUGAGUGGGUGUUUGACAGGAAGCUGCUGUGUGAGACCGAGGGCCGGGUCCGCGUGGAGACCACAAAGGACCGCAGCAUCUUUACCGUCGAGGGGGCGGAGAAGGAAGACGAGGGCAUCUACAUUGUCACCGUGAAGAACCCCGUGGGCGAGGACCAGGUCAAUCUCACAGUCAAGGUCAUCGAUGUGCCAGACGCCCCUGCGGCCCCCUUGAUCAGCAACGUGGGCGAGGACUCCUGCACGGUGCAGUGGGAGCCUCCUGUCUAUGACGGCGGGCAGCCAGUCCUGGGAUACAUCCUGGAGCGCAAGAAGAAGAAGAGCUACCGGUGGAUGCGGCUCAACUUCGACCUGCUGCGGGAGCUCAGCCACGAGGCGCGGCGCAUGAUCGAGGGCGUGGUCUACGAGAUGCGCGUCUAUGCGGUCAACGCCAUCGGCAUGUCCAGGCCCAGCCCUGCCUCCCGGCCCUUCAUGCCUAUCGGGCCCCCCAGCGAACCCACGCACCUGACUGUGGAGGAUGUCACCAACACCACCGUCUCCCUCAAGUGGCGGUCCCCGGAGCGCGUGGGAGCUGGAGGCCUGGACGGCUACAGUGUGGAGUACUGCCAGGAGGGCUGCUCGGAGUGGGUGGCUGCCCUGCCGGGGCUGAUAGAGCGCACGUCGCUGCUGGUGAAGGACCUGCCCACAGGGGCUCGGCUGCUCUUCCGGGUGCGGGCUCACAACGUGGCCGGGCCAGGGACCCCUGCCACCACCAAGGAGCCUGUGACAGUGCAGGAGAUUCUGCAGCGGCCACGGCUCCAGCUGCCCAGGCACCUGCGCGAGACCAUCCAGAGGAAGGUUGGGGAGCCUGUGAACCUCCUCAUUCCUUUCCAGGGCAAGCCCCGGCCCCAGAUAACCUGGACCAAAGAGGGGCAGCCCCUGGCAGAUGAGGAGGUGAGCAUCCGCAACAGCCCCACGGACACCAUCCUGUUCAUCCGGGCUGCUCACCGUGCCCACUCGGGCACCUACCAGGUGGCGGUGCGCAUCGAGAAUAUGGAGGACAAGGCCAUGCUGGUUCUGCAGAUCGUGGACAAGCCCAGCCCUCCCCAGGAUAUUCAGGUCGUUGACGCUUGGGGUUUCAAUGUGGCUCUGGAGUGGAAGCCACCCCUGGAUGAUGGCAACACGGAGAUCUGGGGUUACACAGUACAGAAAGCUGACAAGAAGACCAUGGAGUGGUUCACGGUCUUGGAGCAUUACCGCCGCACUCACUGCGUGGUGUCAGAGCUCAUCAUCGGCAACGGCUACUACUUCCGGGUCUUCAGCCACAACAUGGUGGGUCCCAGUGACAAAGCCGCCACCACCAAGGAGCCCGUCUUGAUCCCCAGACCAGGCAACACAUAUGAGCCCCCCAGCUACAAGGCCCUGGACUUCAGCGAGGCCCCGAGCUUCACCCACCCCCUGGUGAACCGCUCUGUCCUCGCGGGUUACAAUGCUGUCCUCUGCUGCGCUGUCCGGGGCAGCCCCAAGCCCAAGGUUUCCUGGUUCAAGAAUGGCAUGGACCUAGGAAAUGACGCCCGCUUCCGCAUGUUCAGCAAGCAGGGGGUGUUGACCCUGGAGAUCAGAAAGCCCUGCCCCUUUGAUGGGGGCAUCUACGUCUGCAGAGCCGCCAACAUACAGGGCGAGGCGCAGUGUGAGUGCCGCCUGGAGGUGCGAGUGCCCCAGUGACCAGGCCGGCUCCCCCGAGAUGGCAAGGUGCAACGAACGCCAGCCCCACGUGCCGGGAGCCUGGAGGGAAUCUGCUGUUGGCUGUGUGUGCACAAGUGUGUAUCUUGGGGCCGGGGUGGGGGAAGACUCAGCAGGGCACAGUAGUUACAGCAAGUGGGCACUGGGUGGGAUGUGGACUGAUGAACUCUCAGAACUCCUGGAAGCUCACAUCUUUGGGGCAAAAAGUGUGUAGGCUCAGGAAAUGCUGGUGGGGGAUGAGGUUCAUCUGGCUGCCAUGUCUCAAUGUCUGAGGGAAAUAAACAAUCAGC